CUUCAGGAAUUUGACAGCUUGAGCCAACUCUCUCUUCGCUUUUUGUGUUCUAAGAAACCAAAGAAAGCUUGAAGAUCUCGUCAUAGACGAGAAGCAGAUCAGAUCGUCGAAGAAUGAGUUACUACAAUCAGCAACAGCCUCCUGUUGGUGUUCCACCACCUCAAGGUUAUCCACCGGAAGGAUAUCCGAAGGACGCGUAUCCUCCACCGGGUUACCCACCACAGGGAUAUCCACCACAGCCUUAUCCUGCUCAGGGUUAUCCUCCUCCGUAUGCUCCGCAGUACGCUCAGCCUCCCCCUCAACAACAGAGCAGCUCUACCGGGUGCUUGGAAGGCUGUUUGGCUGCGCUGUGCUGUUGCUGUCUCCUGGAUGCAUGCUUCUGAGAAGGGCUUGGGAAGGACGUGUCGACCUUGGUGGCAUUGAAUUUGAAUCCUUUAUUGGAUUAUCAAAAUGAUAUGAUUACUGUUGCAUUGAUAUUUCCUGUGUAGUUUUCAUUCUCAACAUCUGCACAAAUAAUUUUAGACCUCUGUUUGGAAGUGACCUCUAGUAAAUACUUCAUACAAUGCUUGUGUGUUGGAUUUGAAUUUCCUGGCCAUGAUUCUUGAGUACAAGAGUACACUUUUGGGAACUUUUAUAAAUUGUGAUUCCGCUCUUUUUUU